AAAAGAAGACUUUCCCUCCUUGCUCCAUUAUGAUCGCUGGUUAAGUGUUCUUCUCCAUGAGUGGAAGAGCCAAGAAGAGCCUCUGCAGUUAACUUCCCUGUUGCCACAAGCAAAGAAGCCAUUUUUGAUAAGAGCUUGAGUUGAUUAGGACCCUUCUUGAAGAAUGUCUGGCCAGGACAUUGAGGACUUUGGAGCAGAAAACCUCUCAGAGAAGUCUCAGAUGAUUCCUCACCUGCCACCAUAUGACAUAGAUGACCAGCUCCUUCCCAGGGAGCCACGCAGUGCUGGGUGCUGCCUGGCAUGGACCCUCCUGGUAGUCACCAUGAACUCCUUGGUCUUUUUGAUGAAUUUGCUCUUGCUGUUGGUUAUCUUCACCAUCGUGCUGCUCCCUACCAUUGUGGUGGUUUACUUUGGCUUCCAGUGCCACUCUCAGGUGCUGCAUUCAGCUGCUGGCUACUGCAAGAGCAUCUUGGAUGACAACAGCUCUUCUGCCCUCAUCAUCCUCGGCUUCAUCAUCAUGUCCCCUCUCAUUGUGGUGGCCAUGGCUACCUACUGCAGCCUGGCCAGGAGGCUCCAUCUCUUCCUGUGCUUCCAGCCCUGCAGCAGGGCUGUGUACAAGGGGGUGAAGUGGCGCUGGUACGAGGAGGGAGCUCUGUGCAGCUGUGCCAAGGGCUGGAACACUCAAGUCAAGGCCUGGGUGUGAGUUUGCAGCACCAGAGGCACUUUCUUAGCCAGCACCCCCUUUUCCCUGCCCUGUCUCUCCCCACUAUCACCCCCCAGAGCCACCAUCCUGAGGUCUGCAGAUGAAGGCUGUGUAGUAGUGGUUGUGAGAGGAAGGGAGUUCCAUGAAUUUCUGCAGCUUUGUCUGUGAGUGGCUGGGAUUCUGCCUGCUGGGAAACACAGAAAACACAAAUCACAGUAAAGAGAAGGUUCAGCCCUAAAAGAAGAGGGACCCUUCCCAGUGCCUGUUGCAUCCAGAGCACAG